CGGGGGCCUGGGAGUGUCAUUGGUGGAUGACCGCAGUCCUUGCCGUCGCCGCUGCUACCGCAGCCAUGGCCUCCGGUAGCAGUGGCCUCACCGCCGCCCGCCUCCUGUCGCGCUCCUUCCUCUUGCAAAAGAAUGGAAUUCGGCAUUGUUCCUAUACAGCUUCCCGGAAACACCUCUAUGUUGAUAAAAAUACAAAGGUUAUUUGCCAGGGUUUCACUGGUAAGCAGGGCACCUUUCACAGCCAGCAGGCUUUGGAAUAUGGCACCAGACUCGUUGGAGGAACCACUCCAGGGAAAGGAGGCCAGAAGCACCUGGGCUUACCAGUCUUUAAUACUGUAAAGGAGGCCAAAGAACAGACAGGAGCAACAGCUUCUGUCAUUUAUGUCCCUCCUCCUUUUGCUGCUGCUGCCAUUAAUGAAGCUGUGGAGGCGGAAGUGCCCUUGGUCGUGUGCAUAACGGAAGGUAUCCCACAGCAGGACAUGGUACGGGUCAAGCACAAACUGCUGCGCCAGGGAAAGACAAGGCUGAUUGGGCCAAACUGCCCUGGAGUCAUCAAUCCUGGAGAGUGUAAAAUUGGUAUCAUGCCUGGCCACAUUCACAAAAAAGGAAGAAUUGGUAUUGUGUCCAGGUCUGGCACCCUUACUUAUGAAGCGGUUCACCAAACAACACAAGUUGGAUUGGGGCAGUCUCUGUGCAUUGGCAUUGGAGGUGAUCCUUUCAAUGGGACAGAUUUUAUUGACUGCCUAGAGGUCUUUCUGAAUGAUCCAGCCACAGAAGGCAUCAUCUUGAUUGGUGAAAUUGGAGGUAAUGCAGAAGAAAAUGCUGCAGAAUUUUUGAAGCAACAUAAUUCAGGUCCCAAGGCCAAGCCUGUGGUGUCCUUCAUUGCUGGUCUGACGGCUCCUCCCGGGAGGAGAAUGGGCCAUGCAGGGGCAAUCAUUGCUGGAGGAAAAGGGGGCGCUAAAGAGAAGAUCGCGGCCCUUCAGAACGCAGGAGUGGUGGUCAGCAUGUCUCCCGCGCAGCUGGGAACCACCAUCUACAAGGAGUUUGAAAAGAAGAAGAUGCUGUGAAAGAAAGUGUGAAGCCCUCCCUAAGCCUGUGGAAUGAACCGCUGUGGAGAGGCGGCCCGGCCGCGGUGCGUGCCUGCUAGCACGGCCGUCGCCUGUGUGCCCAUCCAGGCAGGUUUAGAAAGUUCUGUGCUGGGGUGUUUCCAUCUCACUGGGUGGCAGAGAUGGCCAAUAAAUCUACCAUUUACUUGAA